GUCACUACCUAGAAUCUGUACUCUGCAAAUAGAGGAUCAUACCACUGACAUUCAUCAACACUCAGAACAACACAUAACACACAAGAACCCAAUACAAAAAAAAACAUGGCAAGAUUCUCCAGCUUUCACAUUCUCUUCUUCAUGUUCAUCACAGGCGGAGUUGCUGUUUCCGCCACCGUCUUCACACUGAAAAACAGCUGUCCUUACACCGUCUGGCCGGGAACUUUCGCCGGAAAGGGAAGCACCCUCGGCGAAGGCGGGUUUCAAUUGGAUCCAGGCGCUUCCGUGCAGCUCACGCUUACAAACGAACCAGGAUGGUCAGGCCGGUUCUGGGGUCGUACGGGAUGCAACUUCGACUCGUCGGGCCACGGCAGCUGCGCCACAGGAGCCUGCGGCAACUCCCUAAAAUGCACCGUCACCGGAGCCACUCCCUCAACUCUGGCUGAGUUCACAAUCCAAGGCGACUCCGGCAAAGAUUUCUACGACCUGAGCCUCGUCGACGGUUACAACGUCAAGAUGGGGAUCCAACCCCAAGGAGGAUCCGGAGACUGCAAGUACACGGGCUGCGUCGCCGACCUCAACGCGGUUUGUCCUGACCAGCUUCGCGUCAUCGACGGUGGGAACGUUGUGGCGUGUAAAAGCGCGUGCGCGGCGUUCAAAACGGAUGAGUUUUGCUGCAAGGGAGCUCACUCCACGCCGCAGACUUGCUCUCCCACGGAUUACUCGAGGAAGUUCAAGGACGCUUGCCCUACUGCUUACAGCUACGCUUAUGACGACGCCUCGAGUACCUUCACUUGUGCUGGAGCUAACUACUUGAUCACUUUCUGCCCCUGAACUUAACCAGAGCUCCGGUUUUUGAUAGAUCGGGUUGCUAGGGUUCUUUUGCUUGCUAUACACGGAAAGAUGAAUAUCUUCUUCCACUUUUUAAAAAUAAGAUUUUCCUACGUAUAUUGAUCAGUUGUUACACUCAGCUGUGAUUUGUAUUGUGGCAUAUCUAUUAAAAUAAAUAAUUGCAUUA